AUGGAGGGUGCCGAAGCAGCGAGCCUGCUGGGGGAGGGGGACCUGGGUCGGCUGUCCGAAUUCAAGACGUACCGGCGGCGGUGGUUCCUGCUGGCCGCCGUGUGCCUGCUGAACUGCUCCAACGCCAUGCUGUGGCUGACGUUUGCUCCCGUGGCUGAUAAGACAGCAGUCUACUUCCACAUUUCCCUGGAGAUGGUCAACUGGCUCUCAAUAGUGUACCUCCUCAUCUCGAUCCCAUUUGGUCUGGUGGCAACAUGGGUUCUCGACAGCCUGGGGCUCAGAUGUGCCGUGAUCCUGAGCGCGUGGCUGAACAUGACGGGUAGCACCAUCCGGGUGUUCAGUGUCCUGAAGUUCCUGAAGUUGGGUUCCCAUAGGUACUGGUACCUGUUUACUGGGCAAUGCCUCUGUGCGCUGGCACAGCCCCUUAUCAUCUUUUCACCGACAAAGCUGGCAGCACUAUGGUUUCCAGACCACCAGAGAGCGACAGCAAAUGUGAUUGCAUCAAUGUGUAAGUGAUAGCUGCAAGGUAAUAUUACUGCAUUUGUUUGCCUUUCGGAGGCAGCAGGCAAAGGAAACCCUCUGUACUACAGCCAUUUGGCCCUGCAAAUACAGCUCCGUCCAAGACUCAUAGCCAUGUGCAAUAAACCAGCUCCUUCAAGGCACUGCAAAACAGGCAGGCUUUUCCAAGCUGGGGAGCAAGAAGUGGGCCUUAGCCACAUCCAGGUGCAGAGUUC